GAAGAAGGGUCACGGACCUCGGAGAGAACAGGUCGCAGCCCACUGCCCAAGCAAGGUCGGCUCAAAGACGUGACCUCCGGCCUGCUGUCACUCAGGCGGGCGGGGGCGGGGCCGUGCGAACUGUCCAAUCAGGGGAGUCGCCGGAACCGUGCGUGCGGGCGACGCGCUGUGGACGGCGGGGACUGUGUGCCGUCGCUGCUGUCCGGCCGAAGCUCGCGUCCCCUCUCGCUGUCCUGAGAGCCUUCGGGAGCUUCCGCCACAUCCUCUGUGGCCGUGACGUCCGCCGGCCGCGGCAGUCGUAUGGUGGUUCGACCGGCUACCCCAGAAAGCGAGCAAUGGCCUCCUGGACUCUCAUGUUUGGUGAUGGGACUAGAAGAAAAAGCUUCCAGUUCUUCAUUGUGUUUUAUUCAUUAAAACCUCAUGCAGAUUUGACCCCGUACAUCAUGGAGUGCUGAGUUAAAUGGACUCAGUGACCUUUGAGGAUGUGGCUGUGAACUUCAGCUUGGAAGAGUGGGCUUUACUGGAUUCUUCGCAGAAGAAACUUUACAGAGAUGUGAUGCGGGAAACCUUCAGAAACCUGGCCGCAAUAGAGAAAAAAUGGAAAGAUCAUGACACCGAAUAUAGGUACAAUACCCAGGGGAGAAGACUAAGACGUCAUAUGGCAGAAAAACGUGAAAGCAAAGAGGGUCGUCAGUGUGGAGAAACCAUCACUCAGACUCCAGAUCUUAAUCUGAACAAGAAAACGCCUUCUGGAGUAAAACCACCUGAAAAGCAUCAGUGUGGAGAAACCAUCACCCAGACUCCAGAUCUUAACCUGAACAAGACGACGUCUUCUGGAGUAAAACCAUGUGAAUGUAGCGUGUGUGGAAAAGUCUUUGUGCGUCAUUCAUCCCUUAAUAGGCACAUCAGAUCUCACACUGGACAUAAGCCAUAUGAGUAUCACGAAUAUGAAGAGAAGCCAUAUAAGUGUAAAGAAUGUGGGAAAGCCUUCAGCUACCGCAAGUCUGUUCACAGACAUGAAAGGACUCACACUGGAGAAAAACCCUAUGAAUGUCAGGAGUGUGGGAAAGCUUUCACGUGGCUCACAACUUUCCGAAGACACAUGAUCACUCACACAGGAGAUGGACCUUACAAAUGUCAGGAAUGUGGGAAAGCUUUUAGUUGUUCUACUUCGUUGCGAACACAUGAAAGGACUCACACUGGAGAGAAACCCUAUCAGUGUAAACAGUGUGGGAAAUCCCUCCGGUCGCCUCUGGGUUUGCGAAUACAUGAAAGAAAUCACACUGGAGAGAAACCCUAUGAAUGUAAGCAGUGUGGUAAAGCCCUCAGUUGUCCCAGUUCCUUUCGAAGACAUGAAAGGACUCACACUGCAGAGAAACAGUAUGAAUGUAAACAGUGUGAGAAAACCUUCAGUUCUCCUCUAGGUUUGCGAAUACAUGAAAGAAUUCACACAGGAGAGAAACCUUAUGAAUGUAAGGAAUGUGGGAAAGCCUUCAUUUCUCUGUCAAGCAUUCGAACACACAUGAUCACACACACUGGAGAUGGACCUUAUAAAUGUAAGGAAUGUGGGAAAGCCUUCAUUUGUCCCAGUUCCUUUCGAUCACAUGAAAGGACUCACACUGGAGAGAAGCCCUAUGAAUGUAAACAGUGUGGUAAAACCUUCAGUUGGCCCAGUUCCUUUCGAAUACAUGAAAGAACUCACACUGGAGAGAAACCUUACGAAUGUAAGGAAUGUGGCAAAACUUUCAUUUAUCGCACAACCUUUCAGGGACACAUGAGAAAGCACACUGGAGAGAAACCCUAUAAAUGUAAAGAAUGUGGAAAAGCCUUCAUUUCUCCCUCAAGUGUUCGAACACACAUGAUAAUGCACACUGGAGAUGGACCUUAUAAAUGUAAGGAAUGUGGGAAAGCCUUCAAUUUUCCCAGUUCAUUUCGAAUACAUGAAAGAACUCACACGGGAGAGAAGCCCUAUGAAUGUAAACAAUGUGGUAGAGCCUUUAGUUGUUACACAUCCUUUCGAACACAUGAAAAAACUCACACUGGAGAAAAACCCUAUGAGUGUAAAGAAUGUGGAAAAGCCUUUAUUUAUCGCACUACCUUUCGAGGACACGUGAGAAUGCACACUGGAGAGAAACCAUACAAAUGUAAAGAAUGUGGAAAAGCCUUUAGUCGUCCCAAUUCAUUUCGAAGGCAUGAGAGAUCUCAUACUGAAUAGAAACCUCUUGAAUGUAAGCAGUGUGGGAAAAACAUCAAUUGACCUUCAUCCUUACAUGUGAAAACCCCCCCUGGAAAGAAAUCCAACAAAUAUAAGAAAGCCUGAUACAGGGUGCCUGGGUGGCUCAGUUGGUUGGGCGACUGCCUUCGGCUCGGGUCAUGAUCCUGGAGUCCCUGGGUCGAGUCCCGCAUCGGGCUCCCUGCUCGGCAGGGAGUCUGCUUCUCCCUUGACCCUCCUCCCUCUCAUGUGCUCUCUCUCUCUCUCAAAUAAAUAAAUAAAGUCUUAAAAAAAAAAAAAAAAAAAAAGAAAGCCUGAUACAAAUUAAUCCAUGUAUAAUGUUCCAGAAAACUAACAUGAAAGAAUCAUUAUAAAAGUUAUAAAUAUAUUAUCAGUGCCUCAUUCUUAAAGUGGAUCUCUGGACUGUGGAUAUUUACUACUUUCAAAAAUGAACACUGAGGUGAGAUAAUUCUGUAAGUACUCUUAUUACUGUUGUUUAAAGAUUAAUAGAUAUUUGUUUUCUCAAAUCAGUUGAUAACAUUUUUCUCUUUCCAUUUUGGAGUUUGCUUGAUCCAUGGGUGAAUUGAAAUGGUUUCUAAAUGUGCAAGUAUAUUUAAUUUUUAUAUAAUGUUUUAAUUGAAUUAUCGAUAAAUGUUUUGGUAUUUUCUUACUGGCCUCCUGUGUCAGCUACUGGAUAUCCGUUACCCAUCAUACACUCCAUCUUUCUUGGGAGAAAACCAAUUCUUUUUUGGCCAGAAGAGCCUUAAUUCCAUUUUCCUUGCUAAUAAAAAGAUGGCAUAAAUUUGUAAAUAUGCAGUUUAUUAUGAAGUAUCGUCUGAUCAGUUAUUUCCAUCUUUUGGCCUUUGCCAUUCCUUCUGGCUGAGAUUUGAAUAAUCAAUUUUGCAUUAAGACAGACCAGUCAUUGGAUAAUAAAAUGUAGAAUUGGAGAUGGCACUCCUAAAUUAUGUUUUGUCACCUGGGUAAUGUGACAUUUUCUAGAAUCUGUUUCCUUUAUGAUUCUAUACCUGUAGCCUCACUUGUGUAAGAUUUGAAAGGCAGGAGUACAGGAGGCAUCAGGUCUCAGAGCCACUAGACAGAGCUGUACAGGAGCUUUGAGGAUCCCUGCUUGCAGCCUAUUUUCCUGAUCUCUUGCCCUGCUAGUCAAGAGUGUCCUCAAAACCACAAUUAACUGCUCGACUUCAUUUCUCAGAGGCGUAGGUUUCCACAUAUACCUUCACAAGUUCGGCAUCAAAGAUCCAUCACAGUUUGGAUUUUCCUGCCAGCCCUCAUGUGUCCACCAGGCAACUAAUCUGAACUUUCAUGGUUGGGAGUACUCUCUGUUGCCCAGACUCUCCUCUGUAUUGCAUUCAUUUAAGGUCUAAUUUGUGUAGUCAAUACCUUGUUUUGGUAAUACUGCUAGUGACCAUGUACUCCUGAUUCCACUGUGAGCGCUACAGUGACCAGAAGAACACCGUGGACUUUGUUCCUCCACUGCAGCUACUGCUCUGGCCCUGUCCUUCUCUAGGACAGCUGGCCCCUCCCUCCUGUCAGGCAGGUUUGCUCAGCUGUGUGUAAUUCCUUGGUAUGUUUUCAAGUAUGGUUGAUUGUAUGUGAUUAAAAGCAAUGCAUUUGUCAAACAAAAUAUUCUGUAGUCAUUUCUUAAAACAUUUUAUUAACUGGGGCUCCUGGGUGGCUCAGUCGUUAAGCAUCUGCCUUUGGCUCAGGUCAUGAUCUCAGGGUCCUGGGAUCGAGCCCUGCGUCGGGCGCCCUGCUCAGUGGGGAGGCUGCUUCUCCGCCCACUCCCCUAUUCAUGCU